AUGGAUAAACACAAUUCUCAAUGGGUGUCGUUCCACAUCCGGGACCACCUCAAGGACGGCGAAGUUACUGUCCAGAACACUGUCAUCGAAGACGGUGAAUUCUGGGACCCCAACGGCCGUCGCAAGUCGCUUACCGAAGAGGAAGUCGACGAGAUCACCAUCCCGGCUGGUGGAAUCGGUGAGAUCAACGCAGCUGGCCGUGGUCGCCGCGGCAGUGAGGGUCGCCUCGAUCUUUUUCAUGACAAUGGCAAAAUCUGCGAGAUCCACUGGGAGAAUCGUGGUGGAGAACACGUCAACCUUGUUGAGACCGUCGACCCCAGUGAUGGGUAUAGAGUCGAGUACGGAGGAUGGAGCUCCGGCGAGGGCCCCCUCGGACACGUCUACAUCGACAUUACGAAGAUAAAGAAAUAA